UAUCAAACCCUCUCUCGAAGUUUCCAUCUCUCUUCCACAAAGAUAUUUUGUUGUGCGUUGUAUUCCCUUCCACAUAAAAAAAAAAAGCCAUUACUUCUCAACUCUCCGAUAUUUUCUCCAAGAGAAACGUAAAUUUGCAGUUCUUUGUCACUAGUUUAAUUUCGAUGCUGUAGAAUUGAAGAGUGAGAGAGAGAGAGAGAGAGAUCGUUGAAGACGCAGCGGUGAUCGAAACAGAGGAGAGAUUGGAAAUGGAUGGUGGAGGAUCCAACGUUAGAUCUAGCUACUACAACGUCCUCGGUAUUCGCAAAGACGCCUCUGUUUCCGAUGUCCGGGCUGCUUACCGUAAGCUCGCCAUGAAAUGGCAUCCGGAUAGAUACGCGAGGACUCCUGAUGUCGCCGGAGAAGCCAAACGUCGAUUUCAGCAAAUCCAAGAAGCCUAUUCUGUUCUGAAUGACGAGAAUAAGCGCUCGAUGUAUGACGCUGGACUAUACGAUCCCCAUGAAGAUGACGACGACGACUUCUGCGACUUCAUGCAAGAGAUGAUCUCAAUGAUGAACAAUGUCAAAGGCGAGGGAGACAGCUUGGAGGACUUGCAACGGAUGUUCACGGAUAUAGUUGGUGGAGAUAGCGUGAGCUUUGCCUGUAACGACAAUUCAAGGAACAGCAAAAGACCACGUGUUAAUAUCUCAAGGAGCAGUGCUGCGAUGCGUUAGUAUUGUUUUUCUCUUUUGUGUUUGUGUCGUGUCGUUUCGCCUUGAAUUGUCUCAUGCUAAGUCUCAAAUUUUCUUAAUUGUCAUUUCGUGUUUUAUUUUCUUGUGUCAACUCUGAAGGCUAUAAAAUAAAAUAUCUUUGAAGUGCAACUAGAACUACUUCAAAAUUAUUGGAAA